GGCGCUAGCUUGCCCAUAUGGGCCGAACAGGCAAUGCAGUGCAAGUGCAAGCAGCCAAGCAGCAAACUGGUGACACACAACACACUAUAUAUACGCGGCCUCGUCCUUGUUCCUUCUCAUCGAUCAACCAUUGGUCUAUAAUCUUCUGGUUGCAUCACUGCUAGCUGCUCACCAGCAACCUUUGCAAGUCUCAAUCCACAUCCACAGGUCGAUCGGGUUAGCUUUAGGCCUUCAGCCAUGGUGGUGAGAGCAUCAUCAGUGAUAAGGUGCUUGCUGACGGUGGCCGCGGUGCUGUCUCUCCUGAUGGCCGGUGCCGCUGCUGCCGGCGGCGGUCUGUCGACGAGCUUCUACAGCAAGAAGUGCCCGAACGUGCAGAGCAUCGUGCGGGCCGGGAUGGCGUCGGCCGUGGCGGCGGAGAAGCGCAUGGGCGCCUCCAUCCUCCGCAUGUUCUUCCACGACUGCUUCGUCAAUGGCUGUGACGCGUCCAUCUUGCUGGACGACACGGCGACCUUCACCGGCGAGAAGAACGCCGGGCCCAACGCCAACUCCGUGCGCGGGUACGAGGUCAUCGACGCCAUCAAGACCCAGGUCGAGGCGUCCUGCAACGCCACCGUCUCCUGCGCCGACAUCCUCGCCCUCGCUGCCCGGGACGCUGUCAACCUCCUCGGCGGGCCGACGUGGACGGUGUACCUCGGCCGGCGGGACGCGCGGACGGCGAGCCAGAGCGACGCGAACGGCAACCUCCCGGGGCCAGGGUCGAGCCUCGCCACCCUCGUCACCAUGUUCGGCAACAAGGGCCUGUCGGCGCGCGACAUGACGGCGCUGUCGGGCGCGCACACCGUCGGGCAGGCCCGGUGCACCACCUUCCGCAGCCGCAUCUACGGCGACACCAACAUCAACGCCACCUUCGCGUCGCUCCGGCAGCAGACGUGCCCGCAGGCCAGCGACGGCGGCGCCGGCGACGCCGCGCUGGCGCCCAUCGACGUCCGGACCCCCGAGGCGUUCGACAACGCCUACUACCAGAACCUGAUGGCCAGGCAAGGGCUGUUCCACUCGGACCAGGAGCUCUUCAACGGCGGCUCGCAGGACGCGCUGGUGAAGAAGUACAGCGGCAACGCCGCCAUGUUCGCCGCCGACUUCGCCAAGGCGAUGGUGAGGAUGGGCGCCAUCAGCCCGCUCACGGGGACGCAGGGCGAGGUCAGGCUCGACUGCAGGAAGGUCAACUAGCGUCAAAACUGCUGCUGGACGAUGGACCAGCUUCCGAUCCAAAGUAGGGUCGUCGAACUGAAUGGUGGUCUGGUGGAUAUCUUCAGAGUCGUCAACUGUCAAAACUGCGUGGCUGUUGGUAUCGUGUAGCACGCUUACUUAAUUAAUUGCUUCUGAUUAUCCUAUCAAAAAAAUAUUGCUUCUGAUUAUAUAUCCUACGUGGCAGGAAUAAUCCUGUCCUUCUUUCUUAUCGGCAACUGUAUUGAUAUGAAAUUCGUCACGUUGUAAUUUGAUCCAAAUUUAGCUACUUUGUAGUAUACAUGUGGAAUACGAAUCUUUGUUACAGGUCCUGCA